UUAAUUACUUCAUAUUAAUUAAAUAUCAAUAACAUAUGGAACAUUAUAAAAUUUAUAAAGAAAGUGUGUAAUGCAUGAAUAUAUGCGCAUCUUUAUCUAAGAAAAUUCGCGCAUCGAAAUCUUCCGUCGCGCGUCGGACUAACCUGAGUUAUCGAUUUAAUAUUUACAUUAUCGACAACGUUCUUACAAUCAAGCAAUCUAGACACCAUCGUUUCGGAUGUAUUUCUCUCUUAAACCAGACACAGAGGAGAAAGAUGAGGAAAAAGCGCCGAAGAAGAGCGGCUACACUGGAGUAUAUUCCUCUGGAAACUAUUGCGAUUCUGUAUACUCUACUGACUCGACGCUCCACGACGUGCUCCGACGUUCUUGGAGCUCGUUCCUCGUCGUUACUGCGUCUACGAGUGAGUUUGUGAGUGAGACACGCACGCGGCGCGCGCUUGACACAGGUGCGCUUCCACGAGGAGAGCGAGGAGGCCUGCUACUCUUCGUCGUCGUGAUCGUCGUCGUUGGAACUGCCGCCUGGUAGCGCAAGAUCAAAGCUUCGAUUUUAUCC